AACAGCCAUCAUCCAUGCCAGACGCACCCUGGCCGCAAUCCUUAAUGAACUCUUUUCUCUCUGCCGUUCGUAACAGUUCCAACGACGAGCGCGCCUUCAAUGGUCCCUACAUGUGUCUGCUUUGCCACCUUUUUUCCAUCGAUGGACCCUUUGAGAUCAUCCUGCAAUUCCCCAAGGACAACGCCGCUGUGUUUACUGUCGAACUGAACAACCAUCCGGUCAUGUUCAUCAACAUCCAGGGUCCAGCAUCGUUUCGCAAACACCAAGAUACUGACAGAGAGAUGCAGGAGCGGUUCCGCGACCUUCGCCUCCGCGUCGUCACGCCGACUCUGACUGGCAUAAGCGCUUUCGGAACGCGUCUAUCAUUCUACAGCUAUGACAAAGCGACGAACUCUCUCUGCUCUCCUGCAAUUGCCGCUGAUCCCAAUAUUACGACCGAUGUGGUGCCCCAGGAUCGCUGGGGGUUUGAUAUUUUAGAUGCUACUGACGCCGCUUGUUUUCGUGGGGUGGUGAACCAAGUGAAAGAGAUGUGCGCACAGCUCGUGGAGACCUGAAAAGACGGGAAGCUUGGUGUGGCAUGGUGGCUUCGGUUGUUUCCCUUACGUUCCAGUCGAAGGACCAUCGAUGUCUACCACAAAUUUGGAUGCUCUUUUCCAGAUAUUACCGUUAAUCUUGGACGGGAGCAGUCUUUUCACUGGUUUUCUUAUAAUGUAGAGAGUGCCGGAGAUAGCAAAGUCUGAUAUCACUUUGCUUGUGUUUAAAGUCGUGUAGAAUGAAA